AUGUCUUCACAACCACAGCUUGUCGUGGAAUCGUCAUUAGACCCAGCUUCCUCACAGGAAUCACAACCUGUUCAUGUUGAGAAACUCCACAAAGUAUUACCACACAAAUCUCUAAACAAGUCAUUAACCAAUCGAAUGCAAAUUCAGAGAUUUGAUUCUUUGGACGUGAUUGAUCGUUUCUCAAAUAUUAGAAUUAGUCCGAGAAUGUUGUUGGAGAAGAAGGAGAGAUCCAAUGUAGAGAAGUCAAUUGUAGAGCUACAAGAAAAAUCUCAUUUUGGUAAACUAGAGUUGGCCAAUCUCUUUUCCAAGUAUUCCACACAAAUCGAAAAUUCAGGACAGGAAAAUGGUAGAAUGACUCGAGAAUUAUUCAGUGAAGCACUUUCGGAAUUGUUGAAUAUUGAUUUUUCUGAAAAACCAGAAAUUCUUGAACGAUAUUACAAAAUUUUUGAUAGCGACAAGAGUGAAACUAUUGAUUUUAGAGAAUUUGUGACGGGUCUCUCUGUAUUGCUAAAGGGUUCAUUUGAGGAAAAAGUCGAUUUCAUUUUCUCUGUCUAUGAUGAAGAUGGAAAUGGAUACAUUGAACGACAUGAAAUGAUUCACUUACUUUCUUGUCUUUUUAACAAGAGUCUUGUAUUAUUAGGUGAUGUUCGUGAAACAUUGAAUUUACCACAAAUUUCCAGCGCUACGACAUCACAAAUGAUUGAUCAGGCAGAUAUUGAAAAUAUUGUUGACAAGUGCUUUGAGCAAGCCAAACAAAGUGGAGAUCAUUCCUGUAAAAUUUCUAAGGCUGAUUUUGGCAAAUGGUUGUACAAUCAACCUUCGUGUAUGCAAUGGUUGAGUCCUGGAAUUUCUAAAUAA